AUGCAAAGACAAAAUAAUAGUUCACCCUAUGAAUCCAGGCUAGAGGGAAAAGUAGCCAUAAUCACAGGAGGGGCAAGAGGUAUUGGGGAAGCAUCCACUCGGCUAUUUGCAAAACAUGGGGCAAAUGUUGUUAUAGCGGACAUUGAAGACCAUGAAGGGAAGAUGGUGUCCGAGUCUCUGUCUCCUGCAGUGACAUACAUGCGUUGCGAUGUAAGCAAUGAAGAAGAUGUUGCCCAUGUUGUAAACAUGACAGUCUCCAAAUAUGGGAGGCUAGAUAUCAUGUUUAACAAUGCAGGAAUCCUUGGAGAGCAGGCUAAAAGGAAGAGUAUAAUGGAUUUUGAUGCAGAGGAGUUUGACAAUGUGAUGGGUGUGAAUGUGAAGGGAGUUUGUCUUGGCAUGAAACAUGCUGCCAGAAUAAUGGUUCCUAGAAGAAGUGGAUGCAUUAUUUCUACAGCAAGUGUUGCAGGUGUCCAAGGGGGGCUUGGGCCUCAUACUUACACAGCAUCCAAGCAUGCCAUUAUUGGUCUCACCAAAAAUGCUGCCUGUGAGUUGGGAAAGUAUGGGAUUAGGGUCAAUUCCAUAUCUCCUUUUGGGGUAGCAACUUCUAUGCUGAUAAAUGCAUGGAGAAACUAUGAAGGAGAAAUGUAUGAAGAUUUUGAUGACCAAGAGCAGAGAAUUGAAGAGUUUGUAAGAAGUCUUGCAAAUUUGAAGGGCCAAACUCUGAGAACCACAGACAUAGCCGAAGCAGCACUGUAUCUUGUUAGUGAUGAAGCCAAGUAUGUUAGUGGCCAUAAUUUGGUGGUUGAUGGAGGCAUUACCAGUGUAAAUAACUGUGUUGGCUUGUAAGCCUUUUGUUUCACUUUUGUUGGAUGAAUGUCCCUAAAACAGCCUUUAUUGAGAAUAAGAUCUGUAAUUAUAGGUAUUAGAGU